AUGGACGGGAAAGCAACCAGGAGCCGCGAUGCCGAGGAGCACGACCACCUCGCCCUGACCCUCGGAUCCAUCUACGCCGCCUCCGCCGCUCCUACCUCGCCGCCGCCUCCCCCUCCGCCACGGUCCACUCGCCGCCGCCGCCGCCGCCUCGACGCCUCGGCCCCCGGCCGCGCCGUCCGCCCCUGCAGCAAGAAACUCGACGACGAAGACGACACCGACGGACGCCCCGCGCCGUUCCCGUGGGCGACGGAGCGGCCGGCGCAGCACGACACGCUGGAGAGCCUGCUGCGCCGGGGCGUCACGUCCGUGCACGGCGAGGCGCGGUGCAAGCGCUGCGGCGACAGGAAAACCAUCGCGUACGACCUGGCAUCCACGUUCCGGGAGGUGCGCGACUUCAUCUCGGCGAACCGGCACGCCAUGGACGACCGCGCGCCGGACGCGUGGAUGUUCCCGGCCCUGCCGGACUGCGAAGCGUGCGGGCACAAGGGCGUCGUGUGGCCGGAGAUCGCCGCCGAGAAACGUGAGAUCAACUGGCUGUUCCUGCUCCUGGGCCAGAUGCUCGGCUGCUGCACGCUGGAGCAGCUCAAGUACUUCUGCAUGAACACCGGCAGGCACCGAACCGGCGCCAAGAACAGGGUGCUCUACUACGCGUACAUUGCUCUGUGCAGUCAGCUCGAGCCGUUCGAUGGAACGGUGCAGGAACGGUAA